AAGACUGUUGAGUGUUAAAAUUAUAAGACAGAAAUAAACUUCGUAACACACCUCCAAAUAAUGUUUGCCCAAGUAGUUAUAUAUUUGCAAAUGGUUGUACUUUUUGAUGGUGUUUCAGCAGCCAUCAAUCCACUCUAUAGGCAACAACGGGAAACGAGGAAUUUCACAAUAGGAAUUGAAGAAGUUUCUGUCAAAAAGAUCAUACCAAUUGAAAACGAUUAUGACCAAUGCUACAUCCAUAUAACUGUUCAUAACUCUUCCUCAUUUCGAUACGGCCUCCAAGGUGCUGUGGUAACAGUUGUGUCAAGGAGACAAGAUUCAGUUGACAACUUCAACUACACCGGAUAUUCAACUGGUCUGACCGAUUCUAAUGGCCGGGCCUGUAUAUUAGUCCAUUGUCGAGCAGAAGCAGUGAUCUUUGUUGAGAAAAAUAAUAUUAGAGUAUUUGCCCUUAACGAAACACUGCAAAAGUCACGGUUGCCAAUGUACUUUGCCUUUGAUUUGAAAUUCAACAAUGAAUUUAUUUUUACUUAUACAUAUCCGUGGGGAAUAGUCGAUGGACGCAAUGGGCCUGUGUUUUACUCAAAUGAAAAGAACGAAUGCAUCAAUACACAUUCUAAUAAUUACCACUUUGUGUUCUCCUACUUAUCUAUUCCGGAUUUCCUUAACGACACAGUUGCUCCUAUCACCUCAAAUGACUUCUUCAAUGGACAUGUAUGGUACUAUGGAACAGAGAACGACAGGAAAACAUGUUAUCUGAAAGUGAAGACAAAGACAUUUUCAUCCGCUUUGAGUAUAGUCACAUCAAGUUAUUUGAACACAGAAAAUGGACAACGCCUGGGGACGUUCUAUACAGGUCCGCAAUACGACAUCAACAAAGCUGAAACUAGUGAACGGGCUGCAUGUAUUGAAUUCCGAUGUCCUGCUGUAUUUUAUAUUAAUUUCACAGACAUGGACACAUUUAUCAGAGGUGAAAUUAAAAGCGGUCCGCAAAAUGGAUGCUGUUUAAGGUCACAGAACACAAACUUGUUUCAAACUACACCAUUUGGGUUUUCCUCUGCUAUCCCGUUAAACCCUCAUCAAAGCUAUGGUCCUAAUGAAGGAAUCUAUAUGUCGGUUGACAGCCGAAGUGCAAGGGCAAGAUGCUUUACUGGACACGACUUCCUUGGCUCCGAAUACGUGAUGGACAUUAACAAAGGUUUUGCCUUUGAGUAUGAUUGUAUCCCAAAUGCAAUUUGCGAACCAUUACAUGUCCUCGGAAAAUAAAACCAGAGAUUUUGA